CCAAGGUUGGUUGCACAUGCAAACUGUCAAGAGGAGAAGGAAGCGAGCCGAUGGCAGCCACACAAACCCUCCUCCCGCACUGACUGUCAGUCUUGCACACAAAUGGAGGACAGGACUGUCAUCAGAUAACUGGAGCUCUUGAGAAGCCCGUCUGAGACGUGAAUCAGCUGAGAGAAGAAUGAGUAGCUUGAAUAACGGCGUCAUCACAGAGGACUGACCGGCGCCAUCAUUUCUCACCUAACCUCUUCCCCUGGUUCGGUCUCAUUCCGCUCCUCUUCCUCACGCACGCCUUCAUCCACCGGCUCCUGCUCUCCGGCCCCCCGGCAGAGUGGUCCCGUCCCUCUCUCCCUCAGGCCUCGGGCCCUCCCAUCGGCGGCCCUCCGCGGCGGCGUGUUGGUGUACGAUGGCGCGGUGGGACCCUGAGGGCUGCCGCGGGGGACUGUGAUGUCAGAGCCCAACAGCCCGGGCGAGAGCCGGCGUGGCGCUCCCAGAUUCUUCGUGGGCUGCGAGGACGAUGAGAGCGAGCCCCUGGAAGAUAGCAUGAGGACAGACAUGGAGCUGUAUGAGGACGACGAAGACACUGACUCGCCCCCGGAGCAACAGAUCGUGGUCGGGAUCUGCUGCAUGAUGAAGAAGUCCAAGUCCAAGCCAAUGACCCAGAUCCUGGAGAGGCUGUGCAAGUUCGAGUUCAUCACCGUGGUCAUCUUCCCAGAGGACGCCAUCCUCAACGAGCCCGUGGAGAAAUGGCCUCUGUGCGACUGCCUCAUCUCCUUCCACUCCAAGGGAUUCCCGCUGGAUAAGGCGGUGAGCUAUGCCAAACUGAGAAACCCUCUGCUCCUCAACGACCUGAACAUGCAGUACUACAUACAGGACAGGAGAGAGGUGUACCGCAUCCUGCAGGAGGAAGGGAUUGAUUUACCGCGCUACGCUGUGCUGAACCGCGACCCAGAUAAACCCGACGAGUGUAACCUGGUGGAAGGAGAGGACCACGUGGAGGUGAACGGAGAGAUAUUCCAGAAACCUUUCGUUGAGAAGCCCGUCUGCGCCGAGGACCACAACGUCUACAUCUACUACCCCACCUCUGCUGGUGGAGGCAGCCAGCGACUCUUCAGAAAGAUCGGCAGCCGGAGCAGCGUGUACUCACCGGAGAGCAACGUGAGGAAGACGGGCUCCUACAUCUAUGAAGAGUUCAUGCCAACAGACGGCACGGACGUCAAGGUGUACACCGUGGGGCCCGACUACGCCCACGCCGAGGCCCGGAAGUCCCCCGCUCUGGACGGGAAGGUGGAGCGGGACAGCGAGGGGAAGGAGGUCCGCUACCCGGUGAUGCUCUCAGCCAUGGAGAAGCUGGUGGCCCGGAAGGUCUGCCUGGCAUUCAAGCAAACUGUGUGUGGCUUCGAUCUGCUCCGAGCGAACGGACACUCGUAUGUUUGUGACGUCAACGGUUUCAGUUUCGUGAAGAACUCGAUGAAGUACUACGACGACUGUGCCAAGAUCCUCGGGAACAUCGUGAUGCGUGAGCUGGCUCCUCAGUUUCAGAUUCCUUGGUCCAUCCCGACGGAGGCGGAGGACAUCCCCAUUGUUCCCACGACUUCAGGGACCAUGAUGGAGCUACGAUGCGUCAUCGCUGUCAUCAGACACGGAGACAGAACGCCCAAACAGAAGAUGAAGAUGGAAGUUCGCAACCCCAUGUUCUUUGAUCUAUUUGAAAAAUACGGUGGAUACAAAACUGGGAAAUUAAAGCUGAAGAAGCCCAAACAACUGCAGGAGGUGCUGGACAUCACGCGGCAGUUGUUAGCAGAACUAGGACAGCACAACGACUGUGAGAUAGAAGAGAAGAAGUCCAAACUGGAGCAGCUGAAGACUGUUCUGGAAAUGUACGGCCAUUUCUCUGGGAUCAACAGAAAAGUGCAACUAACCUACCUGCCCCAUGGGCAGCCCAAAACCUCAAGUGAGGAAGAAGACACGCGUAAGGAAGGUCCAUCUCUGCUGCUGGUUCUGAAGUGGGGAGGAGAGCUGACUCCUGCUGGCAGAGUUCAGGCUGAGGAGCUGGGGAGGGCCUUCCGCUGCAUGUACCCCGGAGGUCAAGGAGACUAUGCUGGAUUUCCAGGCUGUGGGUUGCUACGGUUACACAGCACCUACAGGCACGACCUGAAGAUAUACGCGUCCGACGAGGGCCGGGUGCAGAUGACGGCCGCCGCUUUCGCAAAGGGUUUGCUGGCUCUGGAGGGCGAGCUCACACCCAUCCUGGUGCAGAUGGUGAAGAGCGCCAACAUGAACGGGCUGCUGGACAACGACAGCGACUCGCUGAGCAGCUGUCAGCACCGCGUCAAGGCCCGCCUCCACGAGAUCCUGCAGAAGGACCGGGGCUUCAGCGACGAGGACUUCGACAGGUUGGCCCCGACUUCCAGUGCCUCUUUGGUGAAUUCGAUGAAGAUAGUCCAGAACCCGGUGGCCACAUGUGACCAGGUCUACGCCCUCAUUCAGAGCCUCACCUCUCAGAUCCGCAAGAGGAUGGAGGACCCCAAGUCAGCUGACCUGCAGCUGUACCACAGUGAGACUCUGGAGCUGAUGCUGCAGCGCUGGUCCAAACUGGAGAGAGACUUCCGCAUGAAGAACGGCCGCUACGACAUCAGCAAGAUACCGGACAUCUACGACUGCGUGAAGUACGACGUCAUCCACAACUCUACUCUGGGCCUGGAGGACACGCUGGAGCUGUUCAGACUGUCUCGAGCUCUGGCCGACAUCGUCAUCCCACAGGAAUAUGGCAUAAAUAGAGUGGAGAAGUUGGACAUAGCAUACGCCCACUGCCUCCCACUGGUCAGGAAGAUCCAGCUCGACCUGCAGAGGACCCACGAGGACGAGUCCGUCAACAAACUGCACCCUCUGUACUCUCGGGGCGUGAUGUCACCGGGGCGCCACGUCAGGACACGUUUGUACUUCACCAGUGAGAGUCACGUACACUCCCUGCUCAGCAUUUUCCGCUACGGAGGCUUGCUCGAUGAGGAGAAGGACCAGCAGUGGAAGCGUGCCAUGGACUACCUCAGUGCUGUCUCUGAACUCAACUACAUGACUCAGAUUGUCAUCAUGCUGUAUGAGGACAACAAUAAGGACAUCUCCUCUGAGGAGCGCUUCCACGUAGAGCUUCACUUCAGCCCAGGAGUCAAAGGCGUGGAGGAGGAGGAGAACGCACCGACCGGCUUCGGCUUCAGGCCGGCUUCAGCAGAGAACGGACAGAAACAGACCGACCCCGGCAGCCUGGAGGACCUCUCACGGGACGAGACCGACCGCGCCGUGCCGCUGUCCGAGCCGAUCACCAUCCAGAGGAAGUCCCCACUGAUACGCAACCACAAGACCGGAUCCAUGGAGGUUCUGUCAGAGACAUCUUCCUCCAAAGUUGGCAGUUAUCGUCUCUUCUCGUUGUGCUCACGUCAAUCCCCCGAGAUGAAACAAAGUGGAUUAGGCUCUCAGUGCGCCGGGCUCUUCAGCACCACUGUCCUAGGUGGGUCCUCUAGCGCCCCUAACCUGCAGGACUACGCACGUGCACACCGCAAAAAAUUCUCCAGCGGCAGUCUGUCCUACAAAGACGAGUUGUUGUCUAUGCCGGCAGUAAAACGAUUUUCUGUGUCGUUUGCAAAGUAUCCGACUAAUGAGCCCCUGGAGGAGCACCGUGUGGCCCAGUUGAGGCAUUUCUCCACCGACCUCAGUCUGGGCCGCCACCUCUCUCUGGACGGGGCGCUGGCCCACCACCUCCACCAGUGCUCCUACCACCUCCGCCUCUUCCGAAACUGGCUCAUCUCCGGCCAAGACCCCCUAGAGUACCUCCACGGCUUCGAAGGCUGCUCCAUGGUGCCCUCCAUCUAUCCUCUGGAGACGCUGCACAACUCGCUGUCGCUGAAGCAGGUCAACGAGUUCCUCACCGGCGUGUGCGAGAGCGCCGGGGAUCCGCACACCCGGACCACCAGAGCUCUGACGGCCAUGUUUGACACUCACAACCAGCCGUCGGUGGACUCGUACAUCCCUCAGAGAGUCCUCACCUCCUCCAUCACUCUCAGAUCUCGCUCUGACAGACCCCCUUGGUACAGCAGCGGUCCGUCCAGCACCGUGUCCAGCGCCGGGCCGUCCUCUCCCACUACAGCGGACACCUCGCCUCGCUUCAGCUUCAGCGAUAAGAUCUCCCUCACCCCUCAGAGCAGCGAGGAGACUCACUCCUCUAACAACCUCUCCAGUCAGCCGCCGCCCGCCGUCGACCCGACUUCAAACCCCACCGAGGUCCCUCUGACUCCCAAAAACUCACCGGAGGACGACGGCGAGCUCUGCGCCGUUAGCGAUGCUGAACGCACACCGGAGGGAGCAGAGGUGGCGUCCGCAGCCGGCGACGCCUCCGCCGGUGGGAUUUCAGACGCCGGGCCGAGGCCUCCGUGUUCUGCGUUGGCGGAGCUGGCUCUGGCUCGGAUGGAGGGUUACUGCCUCCCCGGCUCCCUCCCCGUGCUGCUGGAGCUCAGGGAGAGCAGCAGCGAGGCCGGCUCCAGCUCCCUGACGCCUCAGUCUCCAGAGGGACCCGACGAGUUCUUCGACACUCAGGAGUCCAUGGAGCUGUGGAUGGACAGUCCGGAGAGCCUCCCUCAUCCAGAGACGCCGCUAGAGGUCACGGCGACGAACGCAGCAGAACCGUAAAGGGGCGGAGCCUUCACACCCACAGAUCUGCGGUUACAUCCGUAACCUCGUCCUCGUCAAGUCACUGAGCAGUGAGGAGACUGCGUGUUGAGUGAUCAUGAAUGGGCAGCUGAUCCUCUCACUGAGCUCUGUGUUGGAGGAUCAUAUGACAAUGCCAUACGUGCUGUUCAUUGCCUUUUAAAAAGAAAAGCACACUGGGGACACACCAGUGACUCCAGUGAGCCUCCACUGGUUCGGUUCAUCUGUCUGUAAAGAUGUAGGGAGACACUCUGUUCUCUGUUCUCUGUUACUGUCGCUUUGUUGCCGUUGCACAAUCUCUUUCCUUAAAGCUGCGUUAAUCGAUUAUUUUGGCCACUAGGGGGCAGAAACGCCUAAAAAGCUGUCAAAGGUGUUACACAUCCAGCUAAACUAAAUGAUCCUAACGUUGGAGUUGUGUUUGAGUCCAACAUGAUGAGGUUAAGAUCCAACGUUCUCUCUGUUUCACUCUGGUUUGCUCUCCGUCAGCUCCUCAGAAAAAUGUAAUCAUAGCCGCGAGAUGUUCGGCAAGUCGCUGACACCGACUACGUUUACAAUAAAUAUUAAUAAAUAUUCCACAGUGUAAACUCUCUUCUA